GCUGUUUGCUGUUGUGUGCUGUGUUGUUUUGUGCUUUUGACAACUUUUCCUGGGCCUUGUUGGGGGCCCAUUUUCCUCAUUUAUCUAUUUUUGUCCCAGAAAAACCCGAAGUAUUUUUAUGAAGCCGCCCGCAAAAACAAUGCCAAUUGUUCCUUUUCAUUUAAUUCAAUUUUAAAUUUAAAUGGUCCUCCCUCUAGGCCAAUGACGGCUGUGAAUUGUGAAACGUUACCCAGGAUUGAAAAUGUUAUCCAUUAUUUGGCCUAUUUUUAGUAUUUUUCUCUCUAGAGUUUAGGAUAUUGGGAAAUUAUUUGAAGCGAUGGCUCACAGGCGAGGUUCAAUUUUUAGAGAUUUGUGGGACAGGCAGUACAGUUCUGAUGCUAGAAGUAUUUCUACUACGGCUAAAGAUGACCUAUCUAUGGUUCAACGUCUCGGCGUCAUCAAAAGCUUGCCGGUACAUAGGGGCUGCGUAAAUACCAUAUGCUGGAACGACAGAGGCAACUUGCUUUUGUCCGGCUCCGACGACCAGCACUUGGUCAUCACUAACGGCUUCAAUUAUAAAGUCGAAGAGAACUAUUGCACCAGUCACAAAGCGAAUAUAUUUAGCGCAAAAUUUUUGCCUUACACCAAUGACACACAGAUUGUUAGUUGUUCCGGGGAUGGACUUGUUUUGCAUAGCGAUUUGCAUUACGAACAUGAAACCUAUCACAAUCAGUUUCAUUGUCACGGCGGUACUACUACCUAUGAAAUUGUUACGGUGCCUGAUAGUCCUCAUUCUUUUAUGAGCUGUGGAGAGGAUGGUACUGUCAGGUGGUUUGAUUUAAGGGAGAAAAGCAGUUGUUCCCAACACAAAUGCAAAGACAACGUGAUUGUGUCUUGUCAAAGAGCCAUUACUUCUUUGGUUAUUAAUCCGAGAGCUACUCAUCAAUUAGCCGCUGGUUGUGCCGAUACAACAGUAAGAAUUUACGACAGAAGAUUUUUAAGUGUCACUCCAGGAGAACAUUUACUGGCCCAACCGUUUUGCACUUUCGCAGCACCCAAAAUUGGAGAUGAACGUUACUACAGAAUCACUUCAUUAAGUUAUGACAGAGAUGGCAAGGAAAUGCUCGUCAGUUACUCUUCCGAUUAUUUAUAUCUUUUUAACCUAAAGGAAAGCAAUGCUGUUGCCACAGAACUUAAGAAACCCGUUAUGCGGCCCUGGGAUAGAUAUAGAGCUGCAGCCAGGGCUGCUCGAGCCAAACGGGAACGAGUUUCACCGCCUCCUGUUAGAAGAUUGAGAUUGAGAGGCGAUUGGUCAGAUACAGGACCGGAUGCUCGACCUGAAAGGGAUACUACUAGUACUUUUGGAAUCGGUAUUGGUCAGGCUAGACCUCAACUGCCAACCACCUUAAUGCAACGCAUGACAGACGUUUUAUCGCGCAUGCUUAACGACCCCAUGACACGUGCCGCCCUCUCUGCUGGUGGCGAGGACUCGUUGGACGCCGAGGAAAAUCCCCAAAGAAACGUGGAACCAAGUGGAGGUGGAGCUAGUGAAACCCAAGAAGCAGCUGGUAGCAUGGAAACGGACUCUGGUGAGGAUGCAGAAGCUAGAAAUUAUGCACAGCCUCAGACUUCUAGCUCAGAACCAGCCACCCCUCUUCAAGAGGCUUCAACUUCUGGAACAAAUCGUGUAGGAAAUUCACCUGUAACAAGUACUUUGCAUAAUCAUUUGGCGGCACUAAGAAAUUUGAGGCAAGGUUUUAUAAAUCAACAUGGAGUAGAACCUUCAAUUAGUUUUAGGUUCUCCGAUCAAAGUACUUCUAGUUCAACAAUAAGUCUAAGAGCAAACAAUGACAGCACAACCACUCAGACAACUUCAACUACUAAUGCUGAAGUUGAAGGGCCUUCUUCUAGUAAUUCUAAUCAAAGAGCAUCAGAAAUGGACAUAGAUUAUCCUGAAGAAGAAGAACCAGCUAAUUCUGAGCCCGCUAUGCCAAAGACUGACUAUAAAAGUAUUAAUUCGUACGAUGCUGAAAUGAAAAGGAAAUUCACUGGCCACAGAAAUGCCAGGACUAUGAUUAAAGAGGCGACCUUUUGGGGUGAGAACUACGUAAUGUCCGGUUCAGAUUGCGGACACGUAUUCAUUUGGGAUCGUCACACUGCCAAAGUGCAAAUGCUGCUGCAAGCAGAUCAGCACGUGGUCAACUGUCUGAGGCCGCAUCCGGAGUUUCCUAUUUUAGCCACUAGUGGUAUUGAUCAUGACAUUAAGUUGUGGGCUCCUAGUCUGCCAGAAUCUGGGUUCGAUAGUGAAUUAGCAGCAGAUCUGGUCAAUAGAAACGCAAUAAUGUUAGAAGAAACCCGGGACACCAUAACAGUUCCUGCUGCUUUUAUGAUCAGAAUGUUGGCCUGUUUGAAUCAAAUUAGACGUGGCGCGCGCAACAGGAGCAGACGUUUCAGUAUGGACGAAGAAAAUUAGAAUUUUACAAAUAUUUAUUUUAUUGUUUUGGGUAAUUUUUGUUGAGUUUUACAGCUAAUUUAGAUUUUAAUGCCGGCGUUCAAAAGGCUUCAUUGCUAUUUUGCACCUUGGAAUUACAUUUUGGGAAAUUUGUGAUUCAAUUUGAAUACGAAAGUAGUUUUCUAACUUCUAUUCUCAACCCCAGGCCUGGCGAUAUUUUAUUGUGAUAUUUAAUAAAUUGGUGACUGAUUGACUUUUAUUCAAAUACAAUUCUUUGAGGGGAUUUUUCUUUAUUGGAAACUACAAAUUUUGCAAAAAUGUUUUCCUAUGCUACUAGGUACAGCUAAUUAAUAAUAAAAUUUAAUAUAUUAUUGUCGGAGUGUUCUUGAAAAAAAAAAAAUACCAAGACUUACUUUGGUGUUCAAUAAAAUUAAUUUUAUUUUUUUACUCUUAAGAGCCGAUUUAUACAUCUUCUGAUAAACCCUAAGGUAUGCAAUCUGGCGGAUAAAAACGCAAUCUGCCAUCCCAUUAGUUGGCCAGUUAUCUGCCGACCAAUAGAAUUAUAGAGAAGUAAAUUAAUCUUGCAAAUAGUUACCAGCAAGUUUAUCUGAAAAUGAAUAAACUAGGCCUAAAAAAUAAAAUUAAGCGUGAUAUUAUUUUGAACUGAAAGUUAAUUCAUUUUUGCCUACUUGUAUUUUUUUCUUGUGAUUAUUAUUAAUAUAUAACAUAAAUUAAACUGAAAGUCGUUUUAUUCCAAGUUGAAAUCCCUUUUGAGGUUUCAAAUUCAUAGAAAUUUUGUGGAAUUUUAGUGGAAUUUGAGUUUUUUUGGUCGGAACUAUUUCAAAUUUAUGGAGCAAAUGGAAAAGGACUGAUUUUAUUUCUAAUAAAGCAAAUCUAGAUCCUAUACAAGCCCUAGGUCCAAUACCAAAAGGCAUAUAUGUAUAUGGUUUGAUUUUAUCUUUAUUUUCUUCUGAGAAUCGUUCUGGAAUAAAUUUCUCUGGAUCUGGAUAGUAGUUGGGAUCAUGAUGGAUACUGUAUAUUGGUAUCAAAAUUGUAUCGCCCUUGUUUAAAUGUAUAACAGUAUCAGAAUUCAAAGUGUAAGGUUUGGUGCAUAUUCUGUCAGAUGCAGGAGCUGGAGGCCAUUUUCUUAGGGAUUCUACAAUAACAUAACAUUGUAGAUUCUGGUAUAGAUUGUCCAAAUCCUCACCUGAAAUUACCAUGUCUAAAUACUUCAUUCCCAAAAUGUCUUCAUAAGAAGGCUUUCCGUUAGUGUUUGUAUACAAACUGGUUAUUUCUUGUCUCAGCGUAUCUUGAAUUUCCGGAUUAAGUGCCAAUUCAUAGCAAGUGUAACACAUUCCAUUUGAUACUGUAUCAAAUCCGGCCAAGAAAAAUAUUAGGGCUUGAGAAGUAAUGUCCAAGUUUGUGAUUUCAACUUGUUUUUU